AUGUUUUUCAAUUGUGCUUGGAUUAGAGAGACUAAACUUAUGAGUAAUUACCCGGUCUCGGCUUACCGGCAAGAUCGAAACCGUCGCACCGCACUGCACUACUGCAGGGGCAGCGCGGUGGCGGGCCAGCUCGUCACGGCGGCUCCGGGUCUGCUGGACAGCCCGGACCGUGACGGUUUGACACCUUUGCAUCUGGCUGUAAUACAAGGUGACACUGCAUUGGUAUCACUUCUCAUUGCUCAAGGGGCUGAUAUCGAUGCACUGGACAAUGAAAGACAUUCUGUAGUCCAUUGGGCGACAGUGUGUUGUGAGCUAGACUGUCUCCGGUUACUAUUAUCUGCAGGAGCAAAUCCAUCUGCUCCUGAUAUAUUAGGUGGUUGCCCACUUCAUUACGCCGCUCAACUAUGUGGUGCACCGCUUGCUCAAGGCGCAAUACCAGGACAUGCUCUUCGAAUCCUGAAAGAAUUGCUUAACGCAAAAGGUACAUCAGUCCAUGUAGUUGAUCAUGAAGGGCGAUCGCCUCUUCUUUGGGCAGCUGCUGCCGGUAGUCCAGAAGCUGUCAUAGCCCUGAUAAAAGCUGGAGCUCAUGUGGAAGCAGCUGACAGGGAUGGUUUAACGGCUUUGCAUUGUGCUGCAUCUCGUGGUAAUACAGGGUGUAUAGAAACACUUAUCACUUUAUGCGGAGCUGCUGUUGAUGUUAUAGAUUGCAAUGGUUGCACCUCGUUACAUUAUGCAGCCACACUUGGACACGCCGAUGCUACUUCUUUGUUACUUGAUUUAGACGCCGCACCUGAUAGACAGGACCGUAAAGGACGUACACCUGCUCAUUGUGCUUGUGCUAAAGGACAAUUAGAAACUGUUAAAAUUCUAGCAAAUCAUAAGGCUAAUUUAUGGAUACGUAAUAUCAAAGGCGAUCUUCCACUUCAUGAUGCAGUAGCAUCAGGUAGACGCGAAUUGGUUUUAUAUCUCCUGCAACUAAAAGAUGGAUUUAUAAAUUCUAGUGGACAUGAUGGCAAAACUUUGUUACAUAUAGCAGCAAGUCAUGACCAUGCAGAUAUUUGCAAGAUUUUGCUCGACCAUGGUGCUGUUGUGAAUCCAUUGUACAGAACUACUCGGGAUGUUAUGGUAACACCAUUGGACUGUGCUCUGCACAAAGGUAAUAAAUCUACGGCAAAAUAUUUACAAAUUCACGGCGGUAUACCGGCUGUGAAAUUGAAUGCUGAGGAAAGCAAUAAGGAUCAAAAAGUUAAACUACAAAGUAUUACACCUACGACCGCAGUGAAGCAGACCAGAAGCAGUGUUUUAAGGAGUGGAGGGCGUCUAUCAAAAACUGAUGACACUCGUAAACCGAAAAAGGAUUCAAGUUCUGAUAAUAAAUAUAAGGGAAAACCUGAGGCUGUAACUACCUUUCAACAAAUAGAACACAAUCCCAGCAACAUAAGAAUAAGAACUAAAUGUUUGACUAAAGUCCACUGCAGUUCUAGUUCAGAUGACUCGAAUAUAGAAGAAUUUUGCACGUGCAUACAUAGAUGCCAUCACGGUAAACGUUUAUAUUUGCUACAAUCACCGCGGAGGCUCACUCGCAAAGAUAUUAAAGAGCUCAGUAAAAAUAGUCAUAGUGAUUCUGAUAUUCAUACUAGAUCACAUUCGAGAUGUGAUAAGCAACGUGAUAAGCGAUCAAGUACCAGCAUGAGCGAAAGACAAAGGAGUAAUUCCCGAAGUACCAGACAAUUGAAAUCAGCCCGAUCAAAAAUAAAUCGCGGCGAUUCUAAAGAUAAUAGCAGUGACUACAAAGAACGGCGGAAGCCAGCAAGAGAUCGAUCUCAUAGUCGAUCUAAUAGACCCAGAUCGCAAAGAAGAAAACAUAUAUCGACAGAGGAUUCAGAUGAAACUUUGUCGAGUGAAGAAUUUAGUAGUGAUAGAGGAAAAAAAUAUAAAACUAGUAGUCAUAGUUCGUCUAAAUCAAAAACGAGUAAUAAGACGAAAACGUACACUAGACGAACAAUGCAUUCUUACAGCGAAGAGGAUGUCAGUGAAGAAGAAAAGCCAAAUCGAGUCUCAAAGAGUGUUUCAAGCUCUCCUAAAUCACGUAGAAAAAGUAGGAAAAAUGAAGCCAAAUCACCUAGACAUAUAAGUGAAGAAAGAAUUGUUAAACGCAAAACUUUAAAAACGGAAACUACUACAAAAAGAACUGUUACACCAAAUGCAGAUUCUCAAAGCGAAAGUGAAAGCGAAGAAGAUGAUUCUGAAGAUAUAGACGAUACAGUUGAGAUAAUAAAUACAAGUAAAGCUAAAAGAAAAUCAGACAAAGUUGUAGGUAAAGUCAGAUAUAGAAGAUCAGUAAGUGACGAAGAUGAAAUAGUUGAUAAUAGUAAAACUAAGACCAAAUCUCGAAGUGGUGGCAGAGUUAAUGAAAAGGCUAGAAGUAAAAAAUCAGAGAAGCAUAAAAGCUCCGAAGUAAGUGAACCAAGCGAAAGUGACGAUAAGUAUGCAUCAAAGAAAAGCAGUAGCAAAACAAAAGAAUCCAAAACGAAAAAGCAGGAAAAAGAUAGAAAAAAGGUGACAAGUGAGUUAACAAAAACUACAUCAUCAACUAUGACUGAAAAAAAAGUUAAAGAAUCUAAAAUUAAACAAAAUGAAGAUGUUAGUGAUAGUGAACUCUCUCAGUUAAAUAUCAAAAACAAAAAACAAACUUUUACGACCUCAGAAAGCGAAAACGACAACAUGCAAGGUUCUGACACUAAGAAAGGCAAAGUAAUUACCGAAGCAGAAAUUCAUAAAACUGAAGAAAAUGAUAAAGAUGUUCAAGGCCUAGAAACAACGAAUAAUUUAAGUAAUAAUUUGUCAAACGAACUAGACGGUAAAAUAGAAAGUGGUACUAUGGAUAAAAGGGUCGAAGAAAAUCAAACACUUUCUACAGUUCCUCAAAUUAGUGAACAAAGUAAUAGCGAUUUAAUUGAAGGAUCAAUCAAAGACACUACAGAGUUGAUUCAACAAUCUAAGGAACAAUCAGAUAUAACAAAAUCUGAACAAAUUAGUGCAGUUGAAACAAAAGUUGGAUUACAAACAACAGAGUUAGCGGAGCACAUUACUGAAUCAGCUACUGAGUUGGUUCAAAAAAUGUCAGAGGAUUUACAUUUACCAUCAGAUAAAUUAAUGCAGAAUGCAGAAAUUAUUAGUAAAGAGGAAGAUAAUAUUAAAGAUGUAAAACAAGAGACAGAAAAUAUUGUUCAAAGUACAGAUGUAGAAUCCGUACCAAAUAAUACAGAUAAAAUAACUGUUUCUAAAGCUUCACUUGCUGAUGAAACUAAAAUAGAGGAUAAGAAAGAUCAAAUGAGUUUAGAAGAUAAAUUAAUUGGAGAACGAAUUAAUCAACCAAUCGCAGCAGAAAAUUUUAUCGGAAGUUUCGAAGCUACUCCGGCUUUGCAUAUGAUUGAAAUGGUGCCGCCUCCUGAACGUUUUAUUCAACUGGAAUACAAUAAAAAUGAUGAAGGUCGUAAGGAAUCACUUUACACGUCAGAAGAUGAUACUACUGACUCGUCGGAGGAUUCAGAAAAAUUUGAAAAAAAUCAGACCCCAAGGACAGCAAUGGAUGAUUUGCGCUUUCGUGCUUCCGAAAAAUUUGAAGGUCAAUCUAGUGUUCUCGAUAGUUCUAUUGUUGAUACAACGGCACCUCCUUCCGCCGCUAAUACUUGGUCAUCUAUGGGAUCUCCAAGUAGAAGAAAAAAAUUAAAAAAGCGUACGAAAAAUAGAUCACGAACACUGAGUGAGGAAGUGUCCGAGCGUGGAUAUGAAUCUAGCGGAAUGAUGGAUUCCGGUUUUGAACCAAGCCCUAGAGUAAUCACUAGACCGAAAAAACCGGGCGACAAAAACGCUGUUAAUAUGACAACUGUAAAUCAAAGCAUGCAAGCUAAUAUACGAAGGUAUUAUACAGAGCGAAUAAUAUUUCAACAUCUUCUGGAUCUGAAACGAUUACAAAUCCGAUCAUCUCGCGCACACGAAGCUGUUUUAGUUAAACGUGCAAUCGACCAAUAUCAUAGAUCCAAUCCUCAAGUAGCCAGAUAUACAGACAAAGAAUUCACAUAUGAAGCUUUUGAACGUCAUUUAUACGACACUUUGAAAAAAUUACAAAAAGUGGGUAGUAGCAAUUAUAAGACAAUAGCUGAAUCGUUUAUAGAAAAUGAAUGCAAAUCAAAUCCAUUAUUUUGUACAACAAAAACAUUCAGAUGCAAUCAUGCUACUCAUGCAUAUACUGGAAUUCCGUGUGCUGCCUAUAUUCCUCUGAUGAACCACCACACGAUUCCUAAGCCCGGCUUUCCCAAAGUUCCCGAGCCGAGCUUUCUGCCACGCAUCAAGACGGGCGAAAAGCACGACAAGAACGCCGUGGCAUUAGAACUAUCUCAUGGAAAUGAUAAGCAACUGAUAACACUGCCAUCAGAUAAAUUAGACGUCAAUAAAAAGUAUUAUGUCACAUUUUCAGUCAGGGGUUCGAAUCCCACCUCUGAAGCCGAAGGCAAGGCAUCGCCUAAAACUGCAAAGCCAACAAAAUAG